GCUCGACCCGCUUCCGGGACAACUGGUCAGUCUCUGCCGCAGCAGCAGGACGCGUCGCUCGCAGUCGCAGGCUCGCAAGUCGCAGCGGCCGCAACGCCCCAACCUGGCCUCCUCCCAACAUUUUUAUAGCCAGCCGCCCCUCGCCGCCUAUUUCCAACGUCUCUCCAGCUCGUCUCGCAUUCCCUUCGCCUCCUCUCCGAUCCUGACAACUGUUGGCGAUCUAGGGUUUUCCCACCGGUCUCCGGUGACUCCGACCGGCCGCAGGCCUCCGCGCUGCACCCAUGGAGGGGCUCACCCUCAUCGACGUCUCCGUCGAGGACGAUCUUCUUUUCGACAUCGCCUCACCGCCCCACGCAGGGUCUCUGGUGGGCGCCGUGGCGACUUCCUCUGGCGCUUUUCCGUCGGCGGCGGGACGGGCUCCGGAUCCGGACAGUGUGAUGGAGGAGCAGGCGCUCCCCGAGCGGACGGACUCCCCGGAACAGCGGAAGGCCAAGAAGGGGGUGAACCUGCGCAAGAGCUUGGCUUGGGACAGCGCUUUUUUUACAAGUGAAGGUGUUCUCGACACUGAGGAAUUGGCCAUUGUAAACAGCACCUUCCGUAAGACGCAGGGUUCCAGGUUGCCUGGAAUCGUGGAGGAAAUGAGUAGAUCGGGGGAAUCAGCAACCUCAACUCUGGAAAGUGAAUCCUGGGUGAUGGAGAGCGUUGAGACUGAACUAUUUGACAAUGUCCGUGCUUCGAUCCAGAGGUCUCUUGGCAAACCUGAUAAAGUUCCAGGUCGGCCUGUUGCUGGCUCAAACCACCCAAAGGCCACAGCAAAUGUACCUCGUGUUGCAGUUGCAGCUAGAAAAGGUGUUGAUCGGAUGCCCCAGCCAAAGAUAAGGGCCCCUGUUUCAACAAGCCAAGGAGCCGGUGUCAGACAAAGGGCCCAAGUCACCACCAAAGAGCCUGUGGCUGCACGAGUUAAUUUACUAGGAGCUGCAGAAGCAAAGAUAUCCUCAAAACCUCCUAGAGCUUUGCCAAGAGUUGCUAUGAUGAGGUCAUCAACUACCACAGCUGUCACCUCUGGGGUUUCAGACAAAAGAAGCAGCACUGGGGGUGCUGCCAACAGGCAGGCAGCUGGUAAAACUGCCAGUACUUCAGCUGGCCUGAGAUCUGGCGGGGGUACAAAGUCUAGUUCAAUCUCAAAAUCAGGUCCCUUCACAUCAGCAGCAACUUCUCAUGGUGUGUCAAUGGACACUAAGCCGGAAGCAAAAACCAAAUCAGCAACCUUAAGCAACAAAAAUAGGACUGCCCAGAGGGUCCCUGUUCAUCCGCCAUCAAAAUCUGGUAUCAGCAAAACUAUUCCCUCAAGAUCAUCAGGGAACACGAUUCCAGCUAAGGGCCAUGCUGACCGUGCAUCACCAAGCAUUUCACCUAGCAGCUCCAUGGACAGCAUGAGCUCUGUCAUAUCUGGGGCUUCAACUGCUUCCACCGUAGGGAGGAUGAGCCAUACAUCUGAGAGUUUAAAUGGACUGUCCCCCUCCCUCAGGAAGAGCAAUGACUGCCCUCCAACUCCAAAGCUUAGGCCUCCUGUUGUCACAGAGGGUCAUUCAUCUGGAACAGCAGCACCUGGAGUUAAUUUAAAAGCUACUUCUGAAAUGACCAACCAGAGAAAAGGUUUUAAGCCAUCUGGGCUUCGGAGGCCCACACCCAAGAUUGGUUAUUUUGAUGCUGAGAAAUACAUUGACCAAAACAUCGGUGCACAGCUACAACCACAACCUUCAAAGGUCCAGUGUCUACCUGACACAACACAAUUUCAGAGCAUGAAUGUGGAUGCCGCACCAGCUACCUACGUCCAACAGGAUUCAAAACUGACAGCAACACCUCAUGAGGAAAGUUGUGCUUCCGAAAGUAAGGUCGUGAAGCUGCUGCCUCUUAAGGUGGAAGUAGAGCCUUUUAAGGUGGCGGAACCAUGCACGCACCAGACUGAUCCAGUUGUGGUCAGACCCGAAGCAGUGCAACAGCAAUCCAUGGAGAUCCAGUGCUUGCUAUAUGCCACACCAAACUCUCAGCAAACCUUUGGUCAACAAGUAUUAGAACCUAUAGUAGCACCUCAUGAGGUUAGUGCUUGCAAAAGUAACACAGUAAAGACGCCUUUGGAAACUGUGCAAAUGGAAGUAGAAGCGCCUCUAGAAGCAGUGCAAUUGGAAGCAGAAGCUUUUAAGGUGGACAAACCUGAAGCGUGCAGACACCUGGUCAGUCCAAUUGUGGUGAAACUCGAAGACAAAUUCUGUGAUCAAAAUGCUAGAGCUCUUGUCGCUGAACGUGAAGAUUGCACGCUCAUGACUGAGGCAGUGGUGGCACUGGCUACAGACUAUUCAAAAGAGAACAUUCCGGUUUUGCAUGAGAAUAUACAAGCUAAUGUGGAUGCGAGUUCAUUAGUUGAGGUGCUGACCCAGAAGUUAUCCUCCAUUUCUCUUGGGGAGGAUAACUCUAACGUGGCUCUCAGGUCCUGCAGUGAAUGAGGUUUGGAUGGUAUGCUGGUUGUUAUUUUAUUACCCUCUUGUUAUCUGUAGGCAACCGUACCGCAGCUGACGAGUCCAAUUCCCUUAACCUGCUUGUGGUGUAAAAUCCUUGUGCACAGAGCUUUAUAGAACUAAGAUUUUCUAUUGUAUGCAUGAAAACCUCAUCUUUGUCUAUUGCCGGUUUGCAAGUAAAGUGUGUUUGUUUGGUAAUUAUAUUUUACUUUGUUUAGUAAUUCACAAUGGAUACCUAGAGAGCCUGUUUGUAACUGCUAUACGAGUGGGUGAUUUUUUGUGGGAGAGGGUCUAAUGGUAUAUGUUUUGAUGUCGGUACAUAUAUAUGCCAUAUGGCUCUUCAUGCGGACAUUGUCUGUAACGUAGGUCUGCCGGCUGUGAUGAGGCACUUAUCAGCACCUGGGUGGCUGAUAGGCUACUACAUCUAUAAUUUUUAGCAGUUUCUAGAUUGGUAGUUAUAAUCAUUAGAACAUAUUAUUUAAAAAAAAAUCGUCGCGUGUCAGCCGUGGUGGCCGGGCAGCGCUGGUUGGAGCGAGACAAAAAGGUGUCUGCGGAUGGACAGGGAACACGUCCAAGCCAGCAAUGCUCGGAGGUUCCUGAAGCUGUGAACUAGAGAACCAUGCCAUCGGUGGAGGGGACGGCAUUAAUUUUUAAAAAGUCUCUUGUUUCCCUGUUGACGCACUGGACUAGAGAAGGUUUUUUUUUAGGUGACGUGGUUUCCGCAAAUCAAAGAGAAAUCUACCAGUGGGAGGUCUCCAAUCUAUGCAUAUGGCUGCUUUGCUAUUGGAUAUUUAUUUUGGUCUCUGACGCCCUGCGAAAGGUUUAAUCACACGACAUAGUCUGUUCUAUUCGUCCCCAAAACCGAACCGAAUUUUCGCUGGAUUAUUUGUACACGAUGGAGUUCCAGAGAGGACAGAAUUUCUUUUUAUUACGGGAAAUAAUCUAGGGCUAGUAGAUACUCUGCAAUAGAAAAUGUCGGACUGGCAUUAGCAACAUAUGCAUACACCCUCCUGGCCUCCUUCAAAAAAGGUUCAUUCUAGCUGUAAAUGUAGACACGCUCCUUCAAAAAAGGGUUUAGGGUUUAGGAGUUCUAGCUCUGCAGUUGAACAAGCGCUAUUUUUAGGAUGGAGGGUGUGAGCAGCGAACCCCAGCAUUGUACUACCAUGUCUGAAGUUCAGAGAAAAACAUACAUUCCAGUUUCAAACAAACUUAUGUCCAGUGAAUAAGAGUUUAUCAGCAAAGUCAUGCCUGGCGUUGCUCAUCAUUAAUGACAUCCCAGCUUCAAGGCUAGAAUCAAAUGCAAGGACAAACGAAUCAGUGCAUCGCAACGAGAGAAUUGGCAACCUUUUUUAGCUUCAGCAUGCCAUUUGAACUGAAUAGGGCACAGACCUCAGUUCCUGGCUUCCUGCUACUACAUACAUCAUGGACAAAAGAAGCAAUUUCAUUCAGAAGACGGGGGUAAAGGCCACUCCCCACUGCCCUACUCUAACAAUCUAUUCAACGCAAAACCAUUUACAACCAACAUACAUUUCGAUACGGGCAUUACACAGGGGUCUACACUACCAAAUGAAAGCCUAAAUUCUGGUGCCAAAAUUUCCACCGAAGAAAGCUGUAUUGUGGUCAGAGAGGUUCCUCCAAAGUAUUCUGAUCAUGGGCAUUGCUAGUAUGCUACCUACAUGUAUGCCACCCAAACUCCCAAAGCAUUUCUCCGAAUGCUGGGAUUUGAACUCCUAUCACAAUGCCCCCAGUAGACAUGAUCUCAUUUCAAGCAGUGUCCAUCCAUCCAUUUUCUGAUAUCUUUUGUACAGCGACGCGAUGAGUUGAUGAGCUGCGAUGAUGCCAUGUGGCAUGUAAGGCCUACAUCCCAAUCGAUCAUCACCGAUCCCUGUACCGGAUGUCCCAAUUGUCCUCGCUUUCUUUCACACCUCAGCUCAUCGUGCCUUUACAUGCUUAGAGAUUAUAGCAUAAAUCCCGGUAGUGUCUAUCCCCAGCUCAUAACUGCAAAGCAAGGUCUGGCUGCUGUGCUUCCAAAUUGAUGCCAGACGAUUGUCGGGCUGGUGGUGAACGUGGAGAUGGGAACCCGAUGUUCAAGUCCGGGCGGAGUACAUCCUUGCCUGGCUUCUGUUGCAUGUGGGGAACCAGCCCCUGCCACUGUGGUUGCCCUUGUGAUCUCGCGAAAUCUGGCUGCACCAACUGGGGAAAUAUUACCAAACCCUUGCUUUGAACCGAGUUCUCUCUAGCUACCUGGACAGGAUGCCUAAAUAACUGAGGAACGGCAUUUAUUUUGGUAUCAUCAGAAGGUUGGACGUUAGCAAAUGGCAUUUUCCAGCCACAAUUAUUGUCAAGGGAAGUUGGGCUGACAAUGGUUGGUUUGUUCUCUGUAGUAGCACCAAAUGAAAUCCAAGAUUGAGCCAUUGGAGCUGGUGGAAUGCUAUGGUUCUCCCUAACAGCAGCUGGAAAUGCUGAGAACAUGUUCCGAGGAGCAUCAAGACCUCUGUUUGGUAUAUUUACCUGGACAGGCAUUGCAGUUGUGCCUGCUGAUUUUGCAUGGUCACUGACAAUCUUCUGUCCAUUCAAAUUCAUGGCAAAAGUUGCAGCAUUUACUGAUUGAUGAUUUUUAUUGAUGAACCCAAUACUGGUCGAUGGUCUGCUUUUGUUUGAUGUUCCAACCUUUCCAUCACCAGGUCGUCCAUGGUACACCCACGUUGCUUCAUUUUUGGGCUGUAGUAUAGUUGCUUCUUGGGACUGGAACAAGGGUUUAGACUGCCCAUUUGAGGGCAUAUCAUGCCCACCAGAAGAAGCUACUGCUUGUGACUGGAAAAUUUGUUUAGGCUGCCCAUUGGAGGAAGGCAUAUCAUGCACGACAGAGGAAACUGCUGCGUGUGACUUGAAGUAGUGUUUAGGCUGCCCAUUUGAGGAAGGCAUAGCAUGCAUAUCAGAGGAAGCUGCUGCUUGUGACUGGAAGUAGUGUUUAGGCUGCCCAUUAGAGGAAUGCAUAUCAUGCACACCAGAGGAAGCUGC